AUGGUCUUUCAGUCGCCCUUCAGAUAUGAUUUGAAUGCUACAUUUCAGGAUGGGCUCACCAACUCAACCGGUGCCAGAACAAUAAAAGGCACGGUAAGUUCUUUGUUGCAUUGGGAUCCAGGCCGCCCGCAUUGGUUUUUGUAUAAACUCCCGGUCAAGAGUUCUUUGUGAACCAGGUGGUGUGGUGGUACGUCUAGGUGCGUGGUUUCGCCGUGCCAGCCAACCGUGGCCUCUCCCGCCCCCGGUCUCCUUAAUAUGAUUAUGGCACCAGACCCAGAUGGAGGAGAAGAGGAGAGUGCGGUAGACGCUUUACAAGUCUACUACCACGGAGCACACUGUGGACAUUUAUCGUAACUGACAGUCGAACUGUCGCUAGGGAUAGGAGGGUUAGGAUUGGGGAUUAUGUUUAGAGUUAAGUUUAUAAGGAUUAAUGCCAGGGGUUAGGAACAAAGAUAGGACAAGGGAAUAAGAAUCCCUGGAAUUUGGCAUGAGGCCAUCCAUAUUUCCGUGUCCUGUCGACGCCCCUAGAGUCGAAUUUACCCGUCCAUUUGCAGAUGCCGACUGACUGAUCUCGACUAUGCCGAUGAUAUCGCCGUACUUGCUUCAAGUUUCGGUGAUCUGCAGUCUAUGGUGUCACGGGUGAACGAGGUCGCUAAAUCGGUCGGUUUAUCCAUAAAUGCUGGGAAAACUAAAGUUUUUUAAAGCGGCAUCCCCACCAGGAGAGGGCACCUCUCGGGAUUGAUUGCUAUUAACUUGGAGAGUAAGAUAGUUUUAAAUACCUCGGGGCGAGGCUGCUGCCUAAUGGACAGAGUAAGGACGACGUCGUCUCCCGAAUCGAUGCUGCCCGCUGGGUUUUCUCAAGCCUUCGGAAAUGCCUAAGGAUCCGACGUGACUUCUCGAUUGCCACUAAGAUUCGCGUGUACCGUGCAUCUGUCCGGUCUGUCCUUCUCUACGGUUGUGAAUGCUGGGCUUUGCGCGUGGCGGAUGAGCGAAAACUGGAGGUAUUUGACCACCACUGCUUGAGGACCAUCCUUCGAAUGAAGUUCACCGACUUCGUCUCAAAUCAGACAGCCCGCGCUCGCUGCGACAACAUCGCAGGGAUAACUCAGGCCAUCCAAGAAAGACGACUGAGGUGGUUCGGGCAUGUUCUUCGUCGUACACCUCAGGAGCUCAGUGUUACUGCCCUCGAUCCGACACCGUUGCCCCAUUGGGAGGUGUCGAUGAGGGGGUCAGUUCAAAACCUGACUCGACAGUUCGUCAAGACAUGGAGGUGGUUCUUGGACCUUCGGUAUUCGGUCUCCGUCGUUGGCGAAGGGAAUGGGUUGAGCUGUCUAGAUCUGCUGCCGCAGAUCGUCACGCGUGGAGAGGUACAGUUCGUGACAUCAUGGAGACCGGUUAGAUCAGGCAUGAUCGCAGCCGUAUCAAGUCAAGUCCAAGCAUAAUAGCCGAAGGUGCAAAGUUCAGGCAAAAGAGUCAUGAUAAAUUUCCUUUUUGAGUAAAAUACGACCACAAUCAUUGGCGACCCUUACUCGGAUCCAGACCCCUCACCGGAAGGUCACAACCUGUUUUAUUCGCCUUCCAGAUCUUACAGCAGCUUUCCCAGGCUGCAACCGCCUUUGAACCAAUGGACGCUUCUACCCUGCUGCAGGCUACCUCCAAUCUGGUUCUGCUUACUCAAAACAGCCGAUACCUGCCCCGUGGGGGUCAAAAUCAAAUUGCCAACUUCUUCAACAAGGUUGCUGAUCGCAUAGUUGACUUUGCGCAGUAUCUGACCGCAGAAGACGCAAGGCUUGUGGCCCACGACGCCCUGCGAAGUGUGUUUGAUCUUCUGGAGGCAAGUGUUUGCAACUUUAAAAAGGCCGCAAUUCUCGGCUGCAGGCUUACUUUUAUUCUGUAG